UAUAAAUACGGCCGAUGGCGUCGGCAGCGACGUCGACGGCGCUCAACUACCCGUACCGUCCGAUCCACAAGCAGCAGCAUCUGUCUCCCCCGACGGCAUCUCCUCCACGUGUGUCUGUGGGCAGAAAUGCAGCAUUGCAGCGCGCGACGAGCUACGAAAGCAUCGUGCACAAGGUGCCGGCGCGGCCGCCCGUGACGCAACCCUUCCAUGCAUUGACAAGGGAGGAGAUGGGGUGGCAAACACUCAAAGACCCGCGGACGUUGCGGCCGACGGCACUCAAGUCCAAGGCUCCCAAGCCCAGGUUCAAGCUCAACAAAACCCAAAAGCGCGAGUUUGGAUGGAACACAUCGUUCCCGGCAGAAUACGGCCUCGUUAGCCUCGCAUCGGACUUUAAAGACACGUUGUCGUAUACCCAGCACAAGCUCAAAGAGCUCCACCGGCACAAACAGCUUCUACAAGCCAGCGCCAGUUCAAGCCAAGUCACGGACGCCGAUGUAUGGCGUAAUCACCACGAUUCGACGUUGAACCAUCUGCAGGAAGCUUUCAACUGCCACCAACCGCAACCAUUGUCCGACCCACAAGAUGAAAUUCGUAUCAUGAAAGCCAUCUUGAUCCGGGAAGGUCUGGUCUCAAAACUCAAAGGCACGAUGCACCAGAUAAGACUUGGAGAUCACUCGGUUUUAUCUUGUGAUGGAAACUCAGUCUUAACGCUGCUACUGCAAACCCGAGACUCGUCCUUGGCAGUGAUAGAAGCUAUGGUGCGGUGGUUCCAGUCGUUGUCCGUGCCUCGUCCAUAUAUUUGGAACGGCCACAGCUACCUCCAUCGCAUGUUGGACGACUUAAACUUCCUUGGCGAUGUCCAUGAGAUGGCGGAAGCUUUGGGCGUGGCUUCUCACUCAAUGAAGCGAAACCCGUUUAUGAUGCCGACUUCUAUUUCCGACCGAGACUUGGAACCGUUUCGAUAUAUGAUCGCUCCCCCCGUAGUGAAUAUACCGUCGACAUCGGACUCGACAUCAUCCGAAGCAACAACAGCAGUGGUGGCCGUGGCGGAAGCAGAUGCGUUUUUGAUCUGGAGUUGCAUUCACUUGGAAGAGUUCCCAUCUACUACUACUACUAGUAGUAGUACUAACCAAGUCACGAGUACUACUAUGGCUGGUACGACCGACCAUAGUACCCGACACCACCAUGUCCUGGAAUGGCAAGCCAGGGCGGAAAUGCAGCUUAAGCUGCUGAGUAUGCCCAUGGAAUCGUCUGCGGGUGUGCAGUUGAUGGACUCAUCUCCACUCAUGAAGCGAAAAGGCCACCUCCCCAGCUUAAGUCUGGCAGCUCCGGAAACUCUAAACGAACUUAUCCAUCACGUUCGCGAUCCCAAUACUCACACUCGAGUGCAACCACCUGCAGGCCCUCGCUUACCUGUUGCAUCUGCCACGAAUGCCAAAUACGCCAAUGUCAAGCCCAGGGUAACUGCAGAACCCAAAGCGCACCACAUGAAACCCAAACCAGCAGCGGCCACACAACCUACCAAGCGACACCUCUCCAAACUAUUAAACAAGAAGCCAAAGAAAAUCCCUCCAACGGUGCUGACUGUUCAAGGCAUGAGCGUGUCCAACUAUGAGCUGGAAGCGCUUGGCAGUAUCGACACAACCCCGCACCAAGUGGUGGCGUUGAUUGCGGCCACCAUCUUGAUACUAGUGACACCGGGAGAUUUGGUGCCCAAGGACGUGAGUUGGACAACGUCCCGUACGAUUCUAACCAACGGUCGGGAGUUGCUAAGAUCAUUGCACACCAUGUCCACGGGACCGCCCGUGGCCAAGUUCAAAUUGCGGGCGCUCAAGCCGUUUCUAUCGAACGACAAGUUUCGACCGCAUUCGUUGCUGUCGAUUUCAAAACCGGCUGCCGUCUUGUGUGCGUGGGUCCUGGACAUGGUCUCGCCUGGGAAGACAAGUUGCUCUUUGCAUGACCCAUCGAUGGUGGAAAUGCGAGAUCAGUUGGACUUGAUGUCGUAUUUAGACGACGAAAGUCAUCCAGACGUGUUGGUCGUGCAUGAAUCGGAUUCUGCCGACGAAGGGCGCGUGGUAUACCGUGGCACCUGGAGCUAUCACGGCUUGACGUACUUUGUGACGUUCGCCUUGGGUUCGUCAGAAACGCCCACUAUGACACUUCAUUUAAAGCUAUUCGAGCCGCAAAGUUCUACAGAAACGCAAGCAACGAUGACCGCCCACGAGAUUCACGACUUGUUUGGCGACCCCGCUAGCCAGUGUAUUCAAGCUCGCGCAUGGAUCGAGCUGUGCCAGCUCAUUUUGAACCAACUCGACCACGUCAUGGCUCCUAGUAAUACUAGUAGUUGUACUACUACUACUAGCGGACCGACGAGUACGACCCCCGACGACGAAACCGAGUUGUGGGACGCGUUGGCCACCCCGCGGAGCCCACCACCGCGUCCACUUCGUCGGUCGAAUGAUGAAAUAAACCGCGCGGUGGUGCGAAUUCAAUGCGCCACAAGGCAAAAACAGUCGCGGGAUCGAGUUCAAAAGCUUCGUUCUACCAGACAAACAACUAACAACAUAGUUAACCACGUGUCGGUCCUACAGCCACUGAAACAGCGCAAAAAGUCGGCCCAAGGAGCAUCCGUAGCAUCCUUGCAUCACCAUCGGUCGUUGGUGGAAAUGCAAGCUAAUUACGUUGUGGACGUUGAAUCUGACUGGAAAACCAUCGAAGCCCACGCCCUGCACGGCAUCAAAUCUGCUUCCCGCCGGCGCCUCUCCAAUGCCCAAGUGCACGACUUGGAGGCGUUGCUAAGCAACGUCCAAUCAGAUCACCCGAAAAAGUCCAGUGAAAAACUCCAGCGAGAACACGACGCCGCCGUGCUUAUUCAGUGCCUCACGCGGCAGAAACUGGCUCGGAAUCGAGUGUGCCAGCUUCAACACAACCGACGCCUCCAGAAGGCGGAUACUGCGGCCGUGCGGAUUCAGUGUCUGGCAAGACAACGACGAGGUUCCCACGUCAUUCAACAACGUCGUGAGCAACUCAAAACACAACAGGAGUCCGUAUUCAGUGUCUGGCAAGAAAACGACGAGCUUCCCACGUCGUUCAACAACGUCGUGAGCAACUCAAAACACAACAGGAGGGCGAAGCUGCAGUCCGUAUUCAGUGUCUGGCAAGAAAAAGAAGGGCUUCCCACGUCGUUCAACAACGUCGUGAGCAACUCAAAACACAACAGGAGGGCGAAGCUGCAGUCCGUAUUCAGUGUCUGGCAAGAAAACGACGGGCUUCCCACGUCGUUCAACAACGUCGUGAGCAACUCAAAACACAACAGGAGGGCGAGGCUGCAGUCCGUAUUCAGUGUCUGGCAAGAAAACGACGAGCUUCCCACGUCGUUCAACAACGUCCCAAACCAACUCGCCGCGGUGAAGAUUCAAAGCUUGGCGAGACGGCGCAUGGCUACGAAAGAGGUGCAGACACGUCGAGAGAAAUUUUCCAAGCAAGUUGCUCAGCAGCGACAAGAAGAAAAAGAAAACUAUCAGAAAAAAGAUAUGGCGGCUGUGCGCAUCCAAUGCAUGACGCGGCAGUCACUGGCUAGACAUAAAGUCAAGUUACGGCGACAGCAACUAUCUCCAGAACGCCAAUCAGAUGACGACGUUGCUUCACAAGUGGAGCUGGCUUAUGGCAGUGAUGGAUUCGACAUAAGUCGAGCCAAACCUGGAGGUGGCGAUGGCGUGGCUGACGUAGUUGCUUCGCCAGAGUCCAAAGAAGUGGAUCAACUACCUGACAACCCCAGCAGCCAACAACGGCGUACAAUAAGUGCCCAUACAUUCGACGAGUCUUCAACACCACACAAAUACGAUGACACUGAUGAUGGCAGCAGAAGCAGUAAUUACCAGCCAAACAAGAUGGACUCGGACCAGUUCAACGCGGACCAAGCUAGGCUAACUAGCCCCGAAACUGCCCCAAAUAUAGUAGAAUCCAGUCCCGAUAAAACCAAGGCUAGUGGGUCCGCCCAGGAUGAUCAAGUUGCUCCUCACAACCAGCUAGAAGCCCCCCCAUCGACCAUCCACAAUCUACUUUCUCCCCUGCUUCCGCCAUUUACUACCGAAGAAACGAGGGCGGGCAGCUUGUUGCCAGCAUAUGACAAUGAGUUUGAAGAUGGGAUAGUACUCGGCAGUGGACGCUCCAGUGAGCCAGACCCUACCGCUGCUGCCUUGUCUGGUAUUCCUUUGGACGAUGUGCGUGAUGCGUCGUCGUCGACGCAAAGUAUCGUGGAUGUCGCGAGACCAGAAACAAGCGCCAUGAUGUACUUGGACGAUGAGUUUGAAGACGAAUAGGACUAUGAAAAUAUAAAUGCAAAAAAAUAUCAAUAUCGUUCAAAGACGACAGAC